UCCGGGCAACCUUGUGGAAUCGAGCGGGUAACCUUGUGUCGGCAUCCCGGCAUUCCAUCGUCGAAUCAGCAACGUCGCUCCCUGCAUUCCAUCCGCCUCUGCCGACUACCCAACAAUAUUAGGUUUUAUAUGGUUUACUUAGUUCAAUUGGAACAGCUAACCUUGUGUGGGAGAAGGAAUAGAUAGGGGAUGCGAUCGAGUAAAAUACGUUGGACCUUCUGUUAUUGUUGAAGCUGAUAAGAGAUACAGUACACCACUACCACCUGCAUGUUAAAGAAUAUUUUGUAUAAUUUUUUUACUGAAAGGAGUUUAAUUGACUAAAUAGAUUGGAUCUAAUUGGAAGUUAGAAAACCUUCUAGUAGACCUAGAAUAUCUUCCAACAAUUGAAUAUAAAGCUUCAAUGAUAAGAUUUGUUGCAAGAAGAGUUUCUAUUAACAUCACGAGGUUCAAGUUUGCACAGAGGGCAUUGUGUAGUAAUGCAGGUGCAGAGCUACCUGGUUCUAACUGUGAUCAAAUUGUCAAGGAACCUCUGAACAAGCAUGAGUUGAUUGAUAGUUCCGAACAAUAUGAUAUUGCUAUUGUUGGAGGAGGCAUGGUUGGCAUGGCCUUAGCUUGUUCGCUAGCAAGUACGCCAUUGACAAGGCAGCUAAAUGUGGCUAUAAUUGAUAGCAAUCCUGCAUUACAGAAUUCUGAUUUGCUGAAAAAGGAAGGCCCCCCUGAUCCAAGAGUCAGUACAGUCACACCUGCAACUAUAUCCUUUUACAGAGAUGUGGGUGCGUGGCAACAUGUCCAACAACAUCGUCAUGCUUUUUUUGAUAAGAUGCAGGUCUGGGAUUACACAGGUCUGGGAUAUACAAGGUACAGUGCAAGAGAUGUUGGUAAAGAAGUUUUAGGGUGUGUUGUGGAGAAUAAAGUGCUACAUGGAUCUCUAUUAUCAUCCAUUCAGAGCAUGGAUAUUAAGAAGAGAAUAUACCCUACCAAGUUAAGCUCAAUGACCGUAAAUUCAAGUAGUCCAUUGACAACUUCCGCUGGCACAGCAUCACAACCUUCUGGAGGUUCUGCUCGAUUGGAGUUGAGCAAUGGCGAUAGUUUGUAUGCAAAGUUGGUGGUUGGAGCUGAUGGGUCAAAAUCACGUGUUAGGGAGUUAGCGGGAAUUCAGACAACCGGAUGGAAAUAUUCACAGAGUGCAAUCAUCUGUACGGUAGAACAUGCAGAGCAGAACCACUGUGCUUGGCAGAGAUUUUUACCCAAUGGUCCAAUUGCACUUUUGCCCAUCGGUGAUAAUUUCAGCAACAUUGUAUGGACCAUGGACCCAAAAGAAUCAUCCGAGCGCAUAUCAGCGAGUGAGAAUGACUUUGUGAACAUGGUGAACCAUGCAUUGGAUCAAGGGUAUGGCCCUCGUCCCAAAUCACAACCAUUCGGCAGUGCUGGUUUGCUUUCUCGGCUCAGACCAGGCAUCACAUCAUCAGCCAAUGAGCAUUUUGAAGCUCCACCCAGAGUUAUAAAAUUGUCUUCUGCCAGAAUGGUCUUCCCAUUGUCCUUAAUGCACGCCAACAGUUAUGCGUCAAAACGUGUAGCCCUUAUUGGUGAUGCAGCACACACUGUUCAUCCCCUGGCUGGUCAAGGAGUUAAUAUGGGCUUUGGCGAUGCAAUUGCUCUUUCAAAAGUCAUUGCUGAAGGAGUUGCAGUAGGAUCUGACAUUGGGGAGGUUUCUGUGUUGAAGAAAUACGAAUCCGAGAGGAAGCCUGCAAACAUUGCAAUGAUGGCCGUUCUCGAUGGUUUCCAGAAGGCAUAUUCGGUUGAUUUCAUGCCUGUGAAUCUACUGCGGGCUGCUGCAUUCCAGGCUACGCACUAUAUAUCGCCACUGAAACGAAAUAUCAUCUCUUUUGCUUCAGGUGAACUCAAGAUUCCACUGUUCACAUGAUCUGUACCGUAGAUUUUAGAGAUAUUUUGUGGUAUGCGAAUUGUGGAAUUUGGUUUAAGUUACUGCCCACUUGAGAAGGUCUUUGCACAAUCAUUCCUAAUAAUAUCCUUUGAUAAUUGAUAUCUAAACCUAUAUAAACACUAAACAUGCA